AUGCCCACGAAAUCACCACCGCGCCCCAAUGUCUGCAAACAUCUACAACGCGGUUGGUAUGACAGAAAGAUCGGCGUGCCGGAGACAGUCCGGGAUCCCCAAGAGGUUCUGAAAGAGUUGAUCAACAAUGCCGUCAUCGGCGGCAACCAUGCCGCCGACCGCGAGUUCAUCACGGAUAUCUUGAAGAACGCUGAGGACAACCGCAAGACGGCAAGCAAUGCUCCGACGCUAUCAUUUCCCAAGUUCCGCCAACUACCGGCCGAAAUCAGGAAAGAGAUCUGGCUGUUCUCUGUUCCCGAGAGAAUAAUCCACAUCACCGGCAACACUCCCGGGCGAAUCUGUUGGAACCGCCGCCUUCCAAUCCCCGCACCUGCUCUGGCUUGCCACGAAGCAUGGAGUCUCAUCAGGCCGCUCAUGCACGAGAUGCUUGACGACGGAGGAUUGGAUCGCUUCCGACGCGGCGAGUGGUCGGUCAAACGUGUGGCAUGGAUAACGCCGUCUGAUUCUUUGAGCCUCGGUGACAACGAGUUUCAAGCAUGGUGCUGGUUUCCUAGUUACAGGUCUCAGCUGCCAGUUUUCAAGAGAAUUACGAUAUCUCUGGAACAGAUUGAAGCUGCUGUCAGCAUCAGCCGACCACAGUUCUGUGGCCCGGCUCCUGACUUUCAAUUUCACACAAUGAAACAGAUACACAUUGUCAUUCAGACGGUCACAGUAAGCAUUGGGGAGAGGAUGGGCUUGGACAAGAUGGCUCCAAUUGAUAAGAAGAAGCCGUUCUCCACUCCGGUCAAGUGUAUUACCGUCAAUCAGCGGACUGUGAAAAGGCUCAAAGAGACGUGGGAGCGGGAUUAUGAACGGGAACCCGAGUAUAGGACUGCUGAUACUCAUUUCGUGGAAAUGGUGGAUCUGCAAGAUCGCAGUCGCCUCAACGAAGUGAUCAAUCUUUCAUCUGUUAUGGGCGGUUUCGGUUGGACACCUCGCCGUCGGCUUGAGACCACGUACAAGUGGGAUCGCGCUUUCUGCUUCGACUGCUUGCCUCAGUGGUGGGAGCAUCGUGGUCUUCCUCGUGCCAAGAGGGUCGUAUCAACACUGCGAAACUACGAGAUAAUGGAUGCACAACAUGAUAGAAGAUCAAACGGACACUUGUCUUGGGAGGAAACCACAAAGCCGGAGUUGCCAGAGCUUGUACCAACUGUCAGGAUCUUGAUUCGGUUUCCCGGUCGCACCCCUCCUGGAAUCACCACGCAAGAAGUGGAGGAUCGCUUGGGGCCACGUCAUCAACGGUUCCUGCGCGCGGAUAGUGGUCAGAUGAUGAUUUUGCAGGCUGCCUCGCAACGCCCUAGGGCGAUGCAAUAA